AUGAAACUCGCAGCAACUCUUUUUACCACCGUCCUCGGAGGCGCCGCAGAUUACUCUUCGAACGGAGACAACUGGACUGGAACUUGUCAAACUGGCCAAAGACAAUCGCCAAUUCACAUUGAUGAAACCGGAAACGAUAUCAUCACGAAAACAACCUUCCAAGAUUUCAAGGUCGAAAACUACGAUACUCCAAUGAAAUGGAAGGUUAUCAACAAAGCAACCACGAUCCAGCUUGAACCCAACGCCGGCAGCCCCGAGAUGAAACUCACCGGUGGUUACCUUGGCUCCGAGUAUAAACUCCUCCAAAUCCAUUUCCACUGGGACGUCAACGCCAAUGGACUUCCCGUCGGGCCACAAGGCUCCGAGCAUACUGUUACGAGAAAGGGGCAAACCGCAAUCACCCCGUACCGUGGUGAAGUUCACUUUGUUCAUGGCAAAGUUGGCGCCGACUUGAGCGACUUGAGCACUGCUGCUGGAGAUGACCUUGCCGUUCUUGGUUUCUUCCUUGAUGUUGAUGACAGUCUGCCAAAGAGCUGGUUCGAUUACACCCUUGAUGAUCUGAUCGAUGUCAAUGUCCAAGACACUGCUUCUCCUCCAACGGCCGAGAUUGAAAUCGACUGGACCGCUUCAUCCAUGCUUCCAAAGGAACUCGAUGGAUUCUGGAGAUACGAAGGUUCUCUAACAACUCCUACCUGCAAUGAGAUUGUCCGAUGGACUGUCUUUGAAACCCCACUCACAAUGAAACAAGCUUCCUGGGAUAACCUUGUUAAAUCCGUUGGAUUAGCCGCUGACAACACCUCGCCCCAUGUUCCUUCAAACUACAGAAAUGUCCAGCCACUCAAUGACCGAAAGAUUUCUUACUACAAGAAGUCAAAUGUCGUCGCUCCUUCAUCUUCAAAGAAAAAGUUCGGCACCAAGGUUGCCUUCGGAACUCUUCCAAUGAGCUACAAGGAUCCAUUGACCGGCCAGAUGAGCACCAAGCUUCAGCAAGUGCAGAAGGUUCUCCUUUGCUUCGGAGAAGAUGAGAAGCUUUGCAUGUUCAUGUAG